UGCAUGAGACCAGGGUCUACUCUGCCUUUGAGAAACAGCAUGUUGUUGGUAUAGAUUUGCUGACUUAUACUGUGGACCAUUACUUUGAAGGCUACUAGGUAAAGCCUUAUCACACUCCCUCUGACAGAACUUUGACCAGCCAAGCAGACCUCUCUGACCUCUGAGAACCUGCCUCUUAUUGGCUGASAAUUCCAUUGACCCCACCCUUCCCUGUCCUCCAGAAGCAAGCAGUGUGAAUCUUGUGCCUCUGCCACUGCUGUGUUCCAAGCGGUGGACGAGACAGCYAAGUUGUAAGUAACCAUGAGUCGAGCYUGGGCCUUGUUUAAGGCCCACCCCUACAUCAGCAACGUGGUCGGAUACACAACCCUGUUCGCAUCCGCGGACCUCAUACAGCAAAGCAUGCUUGGAGGGAAACAGAGUGGUGGAUUAAACACAGACAAGGGAACACUCACCAUCCAUGACUYAGARGGGGCCAAGCUUAACAUGGAGGGAACCAAUAMUUCCACUGGUACUAAAAGUGUCACAACAUGGGCUGAUAUUGACUGGUCCCAGACCGCUCGAGUGGCCUUUGUUGGGUUCUGUUUCCAUGCCAAUUUCAACUACCAUUGGCUGAAGGGGCUGGAGAGGAUGUUGCCAGGGGGAGGGGCCAAAAGGGUGUCGGGGAAGGUAGUGCUGGAUCAACUGGUUGCUGCCCCCGCUACUAUCAGUGCCUUCUUCAUAGGUCUUAGUGUAUUAGAAAACAAAGAGGACCCAUUGGAAAACUGGAGGGAGAAAUUCUGGACUUCAUACAAGACUGGAGUGGUCUACUGGUCAACAAUGCAGGCAUUGAAUUUCUCCCUGGUUCCCCCAGUUGCUCGUACAGUGUUUGUGGGUGGCAUCACGCUGGUGUGGACAGUAUUCCUGUGCCAUUUCAGACAGCAGAAAGAUGAUACACAAACCAAACCCCCCUCUCACUGAUAUGGAUGUUAUUGGAUGAGUUGUGUGAUGAGAAAAUGUGACAAUUAUUUAAUUGAAUAGCUUUUAUGUGUUGCACGCUUAUAACUUGAUUAAAGUAGUUAUUUUAAAGAAUGUGUUUUUCAUCUUUGCAUG